CAAAAUUUAUGUGACAAUUUUUCUUAAUUAUGAUCAAAAUAGGGUGAAAAUUCAUGAUUGUGUUGGAAUCUGUUACAGUAUCUUCAAAAUGUUGAUGAUGAGCAAAAUAGAGUUGUCUUCUUCCCUCUCUGUCUCCAAUUUUUUGGUGCCAAUCUCGAGGCCCUCAUUAGCUCGCAGACUGAGGACUUGGGUUAUCGGUGGUCGUCUCUGCAAAUGCUUGAUGGUGUAAGAGAGGGGUUGCCGGUUGUGUUGUGGUUGUGUUUGGUGGAUGCUUGACGCCUCGGCGGUGGAGGCGGGAGGGAUACCAUAAAGGUCAGAUCUUUGGGGCAAUUUGAUUCCGUCAGCCUCGGAAUUUCUUGGAUCUUGCGAUCGUGUGUUCGAGAGGCCGCUGCUAAUGACGGAAGUGGUCGAUUUGGUUGCAAGAACUUGUUGAUUAUAUUUAAUUUGAUUACAAAGGUUGGAUCUUUAGCCGGAAAAGGCAGUUAUUACCUGAUCGCAAUGACCCCGGAGGACUGUAUGUGUUUGGUGAAGGAGAGGCAGCCGGAGAAGGAAGUGGAUGAGAAUGGAGGGCUCGGGCCUGCGCAUGAUGGCGAUGAAGGUGAAAGGGUGGAUGGAAGCAAUCACUUGUUCUUGAGAGAAGCUCCCAUUUUGACGGAGGAAUCUCGAAUCUCCAAAGAUUACAGUUGUCAGGACAAGAAGGUUGGAGCAAGGGAGGAAUUGGUUCUUCGAAAGGACAUGUGCAAGCAGGGGACGAAGCUCAGUAGGCGUGAUCGGGUCGAACUGGGUUGCCGGUUUCAGCGGGCAGUGAGCUCUUGCGAUUGGGAACUUGCAUGGAACCUGCUUGUGCUGGCCAAGGCACAAGCUCUGAAUGAUGUGCUCUGCGUAGCGUUGGACUCUGUAUGGUUCUUGACAACGCACGAAGAACUGGAUGGCAUUACUGGGUUGAUCAAGAAGAUUAUUGGCGACGGUGCGAAUGAUUUCACCAGGGCAAUCCUUAGGACGUCGUUCCUGGCUUCGUGUGUUUCUGCCUGUCAAAGCAAAAUGAUGAAUUUGACGGAUGCAGUGGGUGUCACGACCCAAAGGUUGCAUGAGCGUCUGCAAGAAUGUCAGGGAGACGAGGUUCUGAAGGUCGCAGCAAGUACCAAAGUUCAGAAAUUUACAGAAUGGGCUCUGAAAUGCAUCAGAUUUCACUCUCAUUAUCAGGAGAACAGGGGACGAAGAAGAAGAAACCAGAGUACGAUCGUCGAGGUCCAACUUCAGUUGUCAGCUUUCAAGACAUUCUUGGAACUUGCUGGUGAUCAUCUUACAGGAAAAGAUUUUACCGAGGCUUUUGAUGCAGCAUGUUUCCCUGUUGCUCUCUUCUCGAGCUCAUUUGACCCUGGUUGGGCAUCAGGAAUCUCAGCAAUUGCAGUCCAAGGGUUAUUGGGGAUGCUGGUAGAGGGUGGUGCAGACAAUGUAAACCAAUGCUUUCUGGAAGCUUCAAGAUUUGGGAGUACCGAACUCGUGCGGAUCUUGCUUCAGAUUGCUCAGAGGAAUAGCUUGGACAUUGAUGUUGAUCUUGCACUUGUCUUUGCCUCUCACUACUGCAAAAUCAGAACUAUGGAGUGCUUGGUCGAAGAGGGAAACGCAGCCAACUUACUGGGUCCUCUGGUGCGAGCAUCUGAGAGAGGGUGCAUGCAGGUUGUCCAAUGGUUUGUUAACCAGGGAUGUGGAGACAUGGAUCUCUGCCUGGCCUUAAUUGCCGCCACCUCUAGCAGCCACUUAGGUGUUUCUGCUUAUCUUCUCUCACAAAUUCCACAUCAUGUCCUUUCUGCUGUUAGCAUCGAGAUUCUAAAGACGGUAAGCGAGAGAAGUCGAGGAUCUCUCGAUGGUGUUGCCUUUCUUCUCUGCAAUGACUUCCUUGGUGACCCUACUGCAACAUAUGCUGUGGCUGACAGCAUUGCAAGCUCCAAUGAUGAGGUUGUGGCACCUGAGUUGAGGGCUUUUUUGAAGGAGCACUGGUCUGAGGAUGCAUUUGCUGAAGGAUUGAGCUCUGGUCAGGACCACUAUGUAAAUUUCAUGAGGAUUCUGCAAAGAGGUGGCUCACCCAUCUGCCUAAUGGACCUGCCACCACCCCUGGUGACUGCCAUUGUAUACAAGCCUCUGUAUAGGGAGUGCACGGAAGCAGGUGGGAAAUUGCUACCUCAAAAACUAAGAGGGAAGCUUGUGGAAGCAGCCAGUAGGCUUGGUGGCAGGCAGGUGGAUAACGAUAGCCCAGCAAAAGAGCUUUUGGCAAUUCUGGAGCAUCACCUGCCCCGCCAUUUUCUGCCACUAUGACAACUGCUCACUUGUACACACUCGUAAGGAACAGCAGAUGAACUUUGCUUUAGCCCUUUGAUCCACGGAUUCCCUAUGCCUUUUUUCCUGUGUCUUAGUGUUCAGAGUGCCGGAAUAGUUACAGUGGGUGUCACAGACAUCCUAUGGUAAGUUCAACACAGUAUAUCUUGAUCAUCAUCAUUCGGGUAUAACAUCAUGAGAAUAUCAUUUUGUUCGGCAGCGUCAUGUCCGUAUCUGACACACAUGGAUUCUCUUCUGUUGGUAGAUGUGAUGUCAUGCACUCGUAGCGGGUCACAAAGUAGCCUAAUUCCUUCCUCAUUGAGUCACUACGACAUCUUUCACUUUGUGCAUAUCUUAUCCUCUCAAUUUUUUAUGCCUGAGUCAUGGGUACUUUCUUUCUGAUUUACUUAUGACAAGCAUCAUUACAUCUAGAAGCUUGCAUCGAAAUGAUCCCGCAAAAACUUCUUUCCUGUGUGCUAUAUCAGGCAAUGCUUCUCCAUGCUAAAUGGAUCAUUUAGAGAUCACCUUGUGCAUCACCAGCUUCACUCGAUAGGAUGCAGUUACCGACCGUAGCAAGCAUACUGAUACCAUAUGAGAUCAGCAUAUCAAACAGCCGAUACCUUCAGAACAUUUUCAAGGCUUUUGAUGCCAUAUAUUGUCUCUUUUUGAUUGAUUUCAUCUUUUACUUAGCAUAAGGUUUGAUAGCUGAAAAAAUGGUAAUUGUUACUGGAUGUUAUAGAAGACUUACUGUCCUGAUUUCAAUAAUCUAAACCAGUUCUGAUUUAUUUCUGUGGUUA